AUGCCCCUCUACGCCUUCGGCUCCAACGGCUCCGGCCAACUCGGCCUCUCGCACACAGAAGACGUCUCCGUCCCGACGAAAUGUCUUUUCGAUGAUGAGCAAUACCACCGCACCGCUUCCUCAUCCUCCUCAAACACACCAACGAUAUCCCGCAUCGCAGCCGGCGGGAACCACACCCUUGUAUUGUUCUCCGAUGGGAGGGUAUAUGCGGCGGGGUGUAAUGAGGAUGGGCGGUGCGGGGGCAGAUUACCUGCGGGGAGUGGGGAUGGGGAUGGGGAGGUGGUGAGGUUUCGGCGGGUUGUUGUGAAUACUUCCGAUGGUGAUGGUGGUGGUGGUGGUGAUGGUGAUAUGGGCAAGGAGGGAGAGGAGAGAUUUACAGACGUGUCAGCUACAUGGGAAGCGACGUUCCUGGUAGCUGGGAGGAAAGUGUAUGUCCUAGGAACCGGGGGGAGGGGGGAAUUGGGGGUUGGGGAGGGGAAGACCAGUUUGAAAGAGGGGGUUGGGUACAUUGAGUUCGAGGAGAAAGUCAUCAGUAUAGCGAGUGGGAUGGGACAUACGGUUGUUGUGUUGGAGGGAGGUCAGGUGUAUGGGUGGGGAGGAGGGAGGAAAGGUCAGUUAGGUGCUAAGGGGAAAGAAAUCAAGAUUGCUUGGGACCGUAUUAGGGUCGACGAGGAGGAGAUAGGGUUCCGGGCGACGGGGGCGGCGUGUGGGAGGGAGUUUACGGUUGUGGUUGGGGAUAAAGAGAAGGGGCAGUUUGUUGUGCUGGGGUCGCCUGGGGAUAAGUGGGGGGUUAUGUCUGGGGGGAAGGAGCCUGUGGGCUGUUUUCAGGGUAUACAGACGAGUUGGCAUGGGGUUUAUGUACAUUGUUAUGAUGGGAGGGUUGUGUGUUGGGGGAGGGAUGAUCGGGGGCAGUUGCCGCCGCGGGAGAUGGGGGUGGUGAAGGGGUUGGCUGUGGGGAGUGAACAUGUGCUUGGUCUUGUGGAUGGGAGGACGGUCGUGGCUUGUGGUUGGGGAGAGCAUGGUAAUUGUGGUCCUGAGACGGAUGCGCAGGGGAAUGUGAAGGGGGUGUGUUGCCAGAUUCCUUUGCCGGAUGGGGUCGGGGAGGUUGUUGGGUUGGGUGCAGGUUGUGCCACGAGUUGGGUAAUUACUCGGGAUUGA